CGCAUCUAAGCUGGACACAUGUGGCGCUUCGCAGCAACGCACAUGAAACUGUACUGAUAUUGAACCCAGUGGGAAACGGAGCUUUGACUCUUUCUUUUUCCCAUGCUCUGUCCUUGCGUCGUUUCUUGAUCCACGUAUGUCUUUAUUCAGAGGAAAGUGGACAUUUUUUACUUUUCUUUUCCUCGGAGCACACAGCCCGUCGCCAGCUUGAUUUGAAAUAAACCAAGGUUUAAAAUGAACGAAGGACUUGACAACAACUUGACUCAACUCUAUGACAACUGGACAUUUUACAACUCCUCCCUGGAGCCCAUCAUACCCAGGAACAACAUCACCUAUGUUGGAUUUUACCUUCAUCAGCCGUCCACAGCAGCCAUCUUCAUCGUGUCCUACCUGCUGAUCUUCCUCGUGUGCAUGGUGGGAAAUGGCGUGGUGUGUUUCAUUGUCCUGAGGAGCAAAAACAUGAGGACAGUCACCAACUUGUUUAUCUUAAACCUUGCUGUCAGUGACCUCCUGGUUGGGAUUUUCUGUAUGCCCACAACACUUCUUGACAACAUAAUAACAGGAUGGCCUUUUGGAAGCCUGGUCUGCAAAAUGAGCGGCAUGGUUCAAGGGAUCUCCGUGUCAGCAUCUGUCUUCACUCUGGUUGCUAUUGCUGUUGACAGAUUCAGAUGCAUUGUCUACCCAUUCAAGCAAAAGCUGACCAUAUCCACAGCCACCUUGAUAAUAGUCAUUAUCUGGGUUCUGGCCAUAUCCAUUAUGUGUCCAUCUGGGGUGAUGCUACAAGUCACCAAGGAGCAAACCAUUCGGGUGUUACUGGGGUAUGACAACAAAACGACCCCGUUUUACUGGUGCAGAGAGAACUGGCCGAACCAGGAUAUGAGGAAGAUUUACACCACUGUCCUGUUUGCAAAUAUCUACCUUGCUCCUCUUUCCCUCAUCGUGAUCAUGUACGCCCGGAUUGGCAUUACGCUUUUCAAAACAGCGGUCCCAACGGGAGGAAAGCCGGGGCACGACAACCGCCACACUGUGUCAAAGAAAAAGCAAAGGGUGAUUAAAAUGCUUCUAAUAGUUGCUUUGCUUUUCAUCCUCUCCUGGCUACCUCUGUGGACCCUCAUGAUGUUGAGCGACUAUGCCAGCCUGACUGAGCAGCAGUACAGGAUCAUCAACAUUUACAUUUAUCCCUUUGCCCACUGGCUAGCCUUCUUCAACAGCAGUGUCAACCCUAUCAUCUACGGUUUCUUCAAUGAGAAUUUCCGCAGAGGAUUUCAAGCUGUGUUUAAGAUCAGCCUGUGCACUGCGGACGGACAGCGGAGGAAAACCUACUCGCACAGGCUUCAGGGAAACUCCGUGCUGCCAGCUAAUAAUGCACCAACGUCCCUAGAGCCUAUUUCUCUCAACAGCCUGGAUAAGACCUCUUCCAGGCGACCCAAUCACGUCACUGAACAGGACUUGGUCAUGGAAGACCUGGAGAAGGCAUCAUGCAGCAGUGGUGGUGUGACCGCAGUGUCUAUUUGAGGUGACACAGAUAUAUUCUUCUUGGUGAUAAGCAAAGGUGUUCACUUAUCAAGAAAAAAUGUUUCUAUCUUUUGAACAUCGUUCCUCCACUGACUAUUCAUGUCUAAUUUGUCUGAGGCAAUUUCAAAACUGUCAAAAUAAAACAGGCAAAACAAAAGUACAAAAUUGGAUAAGAUUACACGUAAAGCUAUAAUUUAUCGUUUUGAGUGACCUGCGAACAAUAGAAACAAUAAACGCAGAAGGAUACCUCACAGUGUUUGCUCCUGAAAUAAAUACAUAUCCAAAACUAAUGUUUAAAUUGCCAACUUGGAAAGAAAAUACUGGUUGUCAACCUUUUCUUAUCACCUUUAAGCCACACAAUGUGUGUUGCACAUAUUGUGCCUCAUUAAAAAUGGCAGCAGGAUGUGCUGUUGAGAUUAUCAACAAAGGGAAAACAAUUUCGUUGGACUGCAUAACUUGCAUUGAUAACAGUCUACUGUCCUGCUCCAUGACGUACCUUAUAAAACCUGUAUGUAUAAAUGUACAGAGAUGCAUCAAACAUGUAUGUACAGUGAUGUCUGCAGAGCAGAUUUCAAAAGGGCUCUAACAACAAAUCAAAGACUUCAGCACAGCAACAGAAGUUGAAGUAACACUUUUUCAAGUAUCACAAUGGCCUUUUACACAACCACAUUUUUAUUUCAGAGAACAAAAUUCUUCAGAGGGAUGCUGAACUUGAUCAAGGCUUUUAUUUUGUUAGGAUGAUUUUCACAGCAGCAUUUCUGACGGACUGCAGAGAAUAAGCCCACCUACCUCUAAACUGUAGCCAUACCGUACUUUUUAAACGUAAUAACAACAAUGAACCCUUAGCAACGUAACUCAGUCUUAAGUAAGUCAGGAUUACAAAUUAUUUUACAGCUUUUCAGGCUACUUACAUUGCUGUAAUCUACAUUUCCUACUGAAUAGUUGAUUCUUGUGAGGAAAAUGUGAGGAAAUGUACCAGGCUUCUGUAGGGCUGCCCUCCAAUAGUCACCCAAAUGUUAGUCGACCAGAAAGGUCAUUAGUCGGGAAGAUUUCAUUGGUCACUUAGUCACAGAAAAAGAAGAAAAGAAAAAAAAGUGAACCUCUAUUAGGAGCUGUGCCUUGUCAAAAUAAAUCAAAACCUAUAUGACUGAACCAUGUGGGAAUUUAAUUUGAAAGGACAGACACAGGAAGUGGCCACGCACAGCAGUCAGACAGGAGUCUUGUUACAAACCAAUCACAGCCGACAGAUAUCUUUCCCUUCUGUAAAUAUUCAGUCUGAUGAAUACAGAAAAGUUGAUCAUUGAUCAUACAUCUGUCCCAUGGACGAUGGUCGACACACUUAUAAACAGGGCCUGGCAGAAGAUCAGCUCUGCACUUAGGAUUGCAGGUAAACAGGCUAUACAAUGCUUGUUAAACCUUGGACGCAACCUGCCACUAUGCUCUUGAAAGCUGGCACAAAAAAGGCACAAGAGCAGCACCCAGCGCCCGACCUUGCGUUUUCCAGGCGGUCAAAGAUGCAGCAUGUGUACGGCUCCUAAUUGCCAGGGCUGGUACCUGCGGUUAUUCCACAGGCUAGUUAAUAACAUGUCGGGCAGGAAAUCCAAAGUGUGGGAUCAUUUUGAGAAGGUGAAGGAUGAACCCAAGGUGAUAUGUAAACUCAUCUUCAUUGGUCGACUACAAACAUGACGUAUCAUCUGAAACAUGGAAGUAGCUACAUGCCCAUUAGCCCACAGCGUCAUUAACAGGCGGCUCGCUCAGUGUGUGACAUGCACUUGGAGAUAAAAUAUAGGCCUAUAUUAAUGAAGGUUCAUUAGUACGGUUUUGUAUUUCUCUGUAAUGUAGCACAGUGUUAACAAUGUUACUGAUACUAUUCUUUCUCACACCUUCAACUCAAAUCACCAAAAUAUAUCAUUUAAUAAUUAAAAUAAUAUUUUAAGCAUGCAAGUAACUAGUCAACAAAUGGCCCUAAAUGACGACCAUUGGUCGACUAGGAAAAUUCUCAGUCUGGGGCAGCACUAGUCUACUGAAACUGUUUUGCCAGCAGCUAAUGGCCUAUGAAAAGUGAAACAGAGGUCUUUAUCUUUUCAGUUUUUCUGAAAAGUUGAAACAUCCUUUGGGUUUUCUGUCUUCAUUAUGGGAUAACAUGGCAUCUGGCAAGUAGAUCUGAGCAUUUUUCCAUUUUAAUGAAGAAUAAUCACUAGCAUUUGGAGCAUAUGAGGCUCUGACAGCAUGCCAAUGGCUAAGAUUCAUUAUGCUGAUUAAAGAGUUAAUUUUAUGGUAGUGUAAUUACUGUAAUGUCGGGGACCACUUGUACCCUCUCACACCAGUCAGACUGUUGUUGCUGGUGCUUCUAAAAUUCAGGCCACAUGUCCCAGCUUCCUCUUGGACAAAAGUUUUUGCUUUCAAUUAACUGAAUGGGACUGAAAUAGUAAGGAUUAUUUAAAUCCACAUUUCACUGUUCCUGUGUCGGUUUUAGUUUAGUCUGCAGCUGACGAAAUACACCCUUCCACUGUUUUGUACCAUAAAGCAAUCCAAGCCUGAUUACCAGACUGAAUUGUGUUUGUAUUCACUUCAAUGACCUGGGCCCAGAUCCCAGUACACAUGACCCCAAAGCUCACUUUGUUAGAUCAGUGUGAAUACUGGUGCAGUAUGGAAAGCCGUGCCCUAGUCCGCUUGAAAAGGUCAUCUCAAGUACAGUUCAUAUUUACACUGAGUUGCAGCCAAAGGCCCCCGGAGCUUCUGCUGGCGGGAGGCAGAAAGCUUUGAGCUCGACAGCAGUGGCUUCUCCUCUGGCCAGCAACAGAGCUGCGUCUUGCUGCUCCGCCGGUCCCUGCUGAUGAUGGCCCCUGGAGCAGCAAUGCACUGUUUACAGCGUCCUUUGCCACACUCUAGCACAACAAAAAUGUCAUGUAGAUGAUGAUGCAAGUGUACUCAGGUAUGGAAUAAAAUUACUAAAGAAAGCUGAGUGUUGGGAAUGGAUGGCAAUGAGGGGGCUGGGGGCAAUUGUACUCAGGCACAGUACGAAUCAUUGUACCUAAUUUGUAAGCACCCUACUGUACGUCUUGCCUUGAGUCUGCUAGUUUUCUGUUUGAGAGGGGGAUGUAUUUGUUUUGCCGCAGCCAACAUCCUUUUUUAGUUGAGACAGAAGCUGGGGGAAGCAGUUACUGAGAGCGCUUAACAUUUGCAACAAUGCAAUGAUGAUUAAAGAAAUACACAGAUCUGUGAGUUGCUGUACAACAACCUUUUCAAGUGUGUCAGCCUCAUCCACACUUGUGGUCAUUGUUCUACCCAUAUAUAUGUCUGGCUAUGACCCAAGAAGGUGCCAUCCCUGUCCUAAAUCCAGGGCAUGCUGGCUCGACUGUGUUUCCAACCAAGGAAAACAACCAUCAAUAAGUACAACAAUGAAAUGCUACUAAGGUUUGGAACCAGGCUAAAGCAAUCCAGCAAAUAUUACUCCAGACCAGUGGUACACAAUGUGAGGUGUAGCACAGAGGCUGAUAGAAGCUGCUAAAUGUUUUUUCUGUUGGUCUGCUUUACUCCUGAGAUGAAAAAACAAACAGUUCGCACACUGCAGGGAUCCAGUGCUAAAGUUUUAAGCAUUAUUUGACGUUUUGAGCAUUAUGCUCUUCAUCAGACAGUUUUCUGCUUUACUCCUGGCAAUUAAACUAAUGUCUUACAAUUGAUGUGACAAUGAUUUGCUGGUGUGAAACUGCAAAACCUUUAAUUAUAAAGGUGUUACUUGAAACUGAAGAUCGUUAGUCUGAGUCACUUAAAAUUACUUCACCGUAGCCAUUUAAAUUAUGGCUUAUUUUAAUGAUAACACAGACAUUUAGGCAGGAAAUCGUGCACACUUUUGCACACAAAAGCAAAAGACCAAUUCUGCAAGUGACACGCAUGUUAAUGCUUUCAUUAUUUUUUUUUUUUAAACCUGUCUUGAAAAACCUUUGAGCUUAGAAGAGAACUGUGAUUCUGAUUGUGUGUGAGUGAACUACUUACAAAUUAUUUUUAUCUAGGCUUUUAUUCUGAAAUCUGCUCUGUAAACAUGUACAUAAAAGGUGUAAUGAUGCUGAAUUUAAAAUUAUUUGUUCAUGAAUAUCUCAUGAGCCUGUUACGAAUGUGCCAUGUAAAUCUGAAAGUGUUUUGCUGUUUGUUUUAUUUUUUGAACAGUCUUGUGCAGUUAACUCGUACAGUAAACGGGAAAACAGUGGGCAUGCAUCGGCCCCAAAACAUGUUAUCGUCCGCUGUAAGUAUUUGUGACUGAGUUUAAAGCUUAGAUAACAAGUGAUAAUGUGAAGCUGUCUUUGUGAACUGGCUAUUAGGGAAAAAUUCUUGCAGGGUAAUGAACCAGACAACCUUUGAGUCAAAGGUGUUUUACAUACUUUAAACAUCUAUUGUUGGUGUGGCGUUUAAUACAUUUUUAAAGGGGUCCAUUUGGAAAAUUUGUACAGCAAAGGUGUAAGAACCAGAAACAAUGCAUUUCUCUAACAACACAGUCAUGAACUAAUUUGAGAAUGAAGCUACAAAAAGCAAAGUGACAUGGUACAUUAUCUGGCAGCCAUACUGGAGCUUAGCGCUUCUGUCUUUUCAGUCGCAGUGUACUAGUGACACUAUUCUGUUCAUAGGAACCUUUACACCCCAAUUUUUUCUAGCGAGGACUCUCUGCAGCUUGUUGUUGCUCUCACCUGUUGUGAACACAAACAUCUUGCUUAAACAGACGAAAUAAAGAGCUGCGCUUCACAGAUAAUUAAGGUUAACUCAAUGAAAAACAGUGUCAGCUGUUCAGUGUGAGGCUGUGUUCAUACAUCUACAGAGAGACAAAAGGCAACAGGAUGUGUUGGAAAGCUGCUACAUAAGCAGCAACAAGUGGCAGAGGUUUCAAAACAGUUUAACAUCAUCUAAAGUGCAAGAGUAAAAACUCAAAGACAAACUGAUUGUGAUCUAUUCUAGGCAGUUUAAACAAAUACUUUUGUUUGCUUCACCUAAUUUAUCAUCAGUUUUUCUUUUGUGGCACAACCAGCUGAGUCAUACAUCAGUGCCAAUUCAGACAGAACUAAAUUUCCUAAUGGGUGCUGACAGCGGCAGUGUGAAAAUGAUGCACAAUUUGUUAACUGCAAGUGAUAGAUUGAGUAAACUGUUCUAUCUGCAAAACCCAACAGCUUUUUCUGGACACUGACAAAGCGCCAUACGGUAUCCAUAUAUCGUUUGCAGAUCUAUAGUACAAUUCAAUUUUCAAGUUGUAAGCCAAGUGUACACAGUGUCUGGCUGCACCACAUUUCAAUGUCCACUGGAAACGUUUCAGAAGUGGGACAUCUGUUCUUCAUGAGACGUGCUUUGCUGAUAUUAUUUUUGUUUUGCAAGCAUAAAUACAGCAGCUCAUUUAGAUGUGCUGACAGAUGCUGUUUGGUUGUACUUGAUUAUGACAACCUUUAGUUGAUUUUAUUUUUUUUUUCGUGUGGUUUUAAAUGUUAAUAAAGGCAACCUCCCGGCACAGCUGCUGUCAUUAACUUCUAAUUUUGUUUAUUUUCCAUGAUUAUUAAACAAUGAUAUCACCUGCAGAUCAGCAAAUUGGUAAUAGCUGCUGGUCAGCAUAUUGUGAUAGUUGAGCUGCCACAAAAUUUUAUACUUGGUUAAUUAUUGGACAACAGAAACAGAAAAAUAUGUAAGCAAGGACAACUAUAUUGUGAAUUCAACUGCACUAAAACACAGUAGGGCUGACAGAGCAGGAGAGGAUUGAAAUAACAUUUGGGCCACUCACUUUUCUCCAUCUGUCUCUCUGACUUCAUCAACAGAAAAAAGCGCACUCUGUGUGUGUGAAUAGAAAGUCAGAAACUAGCUAAA